GAAGUAGUGGUGGGCGGGCGGCGUUACGGGUGUGGGUCAGCGCCGACCCGCAGGGUUUAGUGUGCUCUUGUCCGCCGCCCCCGCAGCAUGGAGGUCCCGGGAACUCUCCCCAGUGGCGGUCUCCUCUACUGGGUGGGGGUGCUGAGCGCAGUGUACAUCACCGUGCGGGCCGCCUACCGCCUGCUGGCCGGGCUCCGCGUCUGGGUGCUGGGCAGCCCGGUGGUGCUGGGCCCGGGGCUGGGCGCCUGGGCAGUGGUCACAGGAGCUACUGAUGGAAUUGGAAAAGCCUAUGCAGAACAGCUAGCAAAGCAUGGAAUGAAUGUGGCUCUUAUCAGCAGAUCUCAAGAAAAACUAGAACAGGUUGCCAGUGAAAUAAAAGAGAAAUUCAAAGUGGAAACAAAAAUUAUUGCUGCUGACUUUGGUGAGAGAGAAGAUAUUUACAGUAGAAUUAAAGCAGGACUGGAAGGCCUUGAGAUUGGUGUUUUAGUCAACAAUGUGGGAAUUUCAUACAAUUACCCUGAAUAUUUUCUUGAUGUUCCAGACCUGGAUAAUACAAUCAAUAAAAUGAUAAACAUUAACAUCAUGUCUGUUUGCAAGAUGACACGAUUGGUGCUGCCCAGCAUGCUGGAAAGAUCUACAGGAAUAAUCCUGAAUAUCUCUUCAGCUGCUGGCAUGUAUCCAUCUCCACUGCUCACUCUGUACUCAGCAACCAAGGCUUUUGUGGAUUUCUUCUCUCGAGGCCUCCAUGCGGAGUACAAGAGCAAGGGCAUCAUUGUACAGAGUGUUCUACCGUAUUUUGUGGCUACAAAAAUGUCUAAAAUCCGCAAACCAACCUUUGAUAAGCCCAGUCCUGAAACAUACGUAAGAGCUGCCCUUGGUACAAUAGGCCUGCAGUCCCAAACCAACGGAUGUCUGCCCCAUGCCAUUCUUGGCUGGAUCUUUUCUCUUCUUCCCACCUCAGCAGUCAUCAACUUGACAAUGCAAAAACACAAGCAAUUACGGGCUCGCUACUUAAAGAAAGUGAAGGAAAACUAAGUUGCAGCAACUUGAUCAGAUGUUUUGACAGAUGGUGGCUCAGUACCCACAAUUCAGCACCAAAUAGACUUAAUCACAUUUAAAAUUUUCUAUUGUAGUUUUUACUUUUUAAUGGGACCAAACACCAAUUUGGGGUGGGAUUAUGAUAUAACAUGAUUUCUUUCUAGCCUCGACUUUCCAAUAUUGAUUUCAAAAUAUGCUUGAUUUGUUGGUCAUAUGUGACUGUGAUACUAACUGGAUUUAAUCAUUAGCUUUAUGUGAUGUAUUUAUACCAAUGAAUAAGGAAUUGUAUCCCAGUGCAAGUAGCUUGGUGAUAAAAGACAAAAACCCACAAUAAAGCAAGACAAAGUGCUAGAGGGUCUUAAACUACAUUAUUGAAGUCAGAUGGCCUGUGCUUAGUUAAAAAGAAAAAUGGAAGUUGAGGCCAUCACUUUAAUUUUUUCAUUUUGGAAAAGGCCAGUUAUACAACCACCACCUGUUUUCUGAGUUGUGCUUGUUUGGGUGAAGGGAAGAAUGGUGGCAGUUUGGAUUUCAGGAGAAAACAUGAUUAUUAAAAAAGGAAAGCUAAUGUUCAUUGAUGUAGCCACUCCCCAGCUCAGCUUCAGAGCGCUUGCUAGGAUGCUAUAUGGGUAGUCUUCUCGUGAUGUCUCCCCAUGUCUCACUUAGCAAGCUGUAUGUGUAGUGGGACACCAGGGAGAAGUAUGUGUAACUUCACCUGGGCAGAGCUGCCCGGCUGCUAUGUAUGAGUCUCCAGUAAAACCAUUUCCAGGCUAGUGUCAAGUUAACUCAACUGAGAGAGACCACCCAUUUUUAGUUAUUUUUUGUUUUACAUCCUAAAAGACCACUCAUAGCUUUCAUCUAGUGUACUAAAAUGGAUUCUUGAACCAACAUUUGAUUGGUUUGUGUAAAUUUGAAGGAUAUACUGUAAUCUGUUUUACGAAGUGGAGGGAAGUGAGCCAAAGUAUACAGUGGGAGUGAUUGCUAUAUAUAUUUUAACAUCCUAAAACCGCAAUUGUUUAAAUUCUUGCAUCUUGAAUAUUAAUGCUAACUUUUCAAAAAUAUAUUAUCUUCUGGAUUUGUAAUGACCUUUUAAAAAGAUUGAUGCCUGCUGUAAUCUGUAGACAGUAGUUGCACAAUGUAGGUAAAUGCUAUCAGUUACACGCUGCUUGUUGGUUGAUCUGUAAAACACUGUAUUAGUACUUGAAAUGCAGAUCUUGAAAUUCAGUGCUGUCUUUGUUAGGGCUGCUGGUUAAACUCUUUUUCUGGCACAUGCACCAGUCUGUUCUCCACUGUGGGCCUGCUGAUAUAAGAAGCUGAAUCUUUGAAACCAAUUUCUAAAAAUGAAUGUGCAAAUUAAAAACAAUAAAUGCAUUUAAAUGUAGAGAAGCUGCAGAAUCAAGUGCUUCAAAAGUUUGUUUCUAGGCUGAGCCAUGAAUGUGUUUUUACAAGCGAUUUUUACACCAUGAAAAAAAUCUACUCUGGAAGGGGUGUGUGUUUUUGGAUUACAAAACAUUGGAUUGCUAAAAUAUUGGAUAAUUUUUAAUAGGAUAUGUGAAAUAAAAGCCAUCACGGUUGGUGCCGUUAGGUUGAAAGUUUUAGCCCAGACGGAAUGCUCCAUUGAGGCUGCACUAUCCUUAUCUCACCAUGGGGGAACAUUGAUCAGCGUGUGUGUGUAAAGUCCAUACUGCCCCUGCCUGUCUGUUUGCUCUGUGGAUAAAGAUUUUGUUCUCCAUUGACAUCAAACUCUUUACCAGCCGUAAAUGUACUAAAACUGUACUUUAAAAGUAACUUACAUGGGCAAUAGCUUCAUCAUUUUUAGUGGUGCUAGAAAUCUGUGAUCUGGAGUUUAUUGCCUUUGCGAGAAUAAUUUAAAGCUCUGCUUUUAGGUUAAAUGUGUUGUAUUGAAGCAUGAAGGGGCUAACAUUUCUGUACAUUGAAAAUACAUGAAUACCGAUGCAAUGGUGCUGCUCAGGUAUGAGAUGAGGAUCUUAUCCCAUAGCUUUUAUUUUGGAGUGGGGGUGAUUGAAUGUGGGUGGAUUAGAUUGCAUAAGGCCACUGUUUCUUGGCUUGCUUUGGAGAAGACAUGGGGUUAUUUGACUAACCAAUUCUGUGUAUAUUCUUUUUCUAACACACACACAGAGAACUGAAAUAGUUAAAAUAAAAGAUUUCUCCUGAACGGUUAA